UUCCUGGCGGCGGCGGAGGCAGCGGCAGCGGCGCCUCCAUUUUCUGCUCCUCCUCCUCCUGGACGUCCGCAAACUGCUGCCGCCCUCAGGCCCCUCAGCAGCCGCCGCUCCUGCUGCAGCGCCUCCGCAGGGAGAGAGGAGCCGAGGCCGCCGCCGCCUCCCCAGACGCCUCCUCCGCGGGCGCGACGCCCUCCUUCUGCCUCCUCAGCAGCUCCUGCCGCAGCCGCCUCCUCUUCGCCGCAGCCAUGAACGAGGAGUACGACGUGAUCGUGUUGGGAACCGGCCUCACGGAAUGCAUUCUGUCUGGCAUCAUGUCGGUGAAUGGGAAGAAGGUUCUUCACAUGGAUCGCAAUGCUUACUAUGGAGGUGAAAGUGCAUCUAUCACACCCCUGGAAGAUCUGUACAAAAGGUUUAGCCUGCCAGGAACUCCACCGGAGUCCAUGGGCCGAGGAAGAGACUGGAAUGUGGACCUGAUCCCCAAGUUCCUUAUGGCAAAUGGCCAGCUGGUCAAGAUGUUGCUGUACACAGAAGUCACUCGUUACCUGGACUUCAAAGUGAUUGAAGGAAGCUUCGUCUACAAGGGAGGGAAGAUUUACAAAGUCCCUUCAACUGAGGCUGAAGCCCUGGCAUCCAGUCUGAUGGGCUUGUUUGAAAAAAGGCGCUUCAGGAAAUUCCUGGUGUACGUUGCCAACUUUGAUGAGAACGAUGCCCGCACUUUCGAAGGGGUUGAUCCCAAGAAGAACACGAUGCGUGAUGUGUACAAGAAGUUUGACCUGGGCCAGGAUGUCAUAGAUUUCACAGGCCACGCCCUUGCACUGUACAGAACUGAUGACUACCUAGACCAACCCUGCCAAGAAACAAUCAACAGGAUUAAACUGUACAGCGAGUCUCUGGCUAGAUACGGCAAAAGCCCCUACUUGUAUCCCCUUUAUGGCCUGGGAGAGCUGCCGCAAGGAUUUGCAAGGUUAAGCGCUAUCUACGGAGGCACCUACAUGCUGAACAAACCGAUUGAGGAGAUCGUCAUAGAAAACGGAAAAGUAGUUGGAGUGAAAUCGGAAGGGGAGAUUGCCCGCUGCAAGCAGCUCAUCUGCGACCCCAGCUAUGUCCCGGAGAGAGUGAAAAAGGCCGGCAAAGUCAUCCGGGUCAUCUGUAUCUUGAGCCACCCAAUCAAGAACACCAACGAUGCCAACUCGUGCCAGAUAAUCAUUCCCCAGAACCAGGUUAACAGGAAAUCGGACAUCUAUGUCUGCAUGAUCUCGUCCGCGCACAACGUGGCAGCGCAAGGGAAGUACAUCGCCAUUGUGAGCACCACCGUGGAGACAAACGACCCGGAGAAGGAAAUCAAGCCUGCCUUGGAGCUCCUUGAGCCUAUUGAGCAGAAGUUUGUUAGCGUCUGUGACCUGUUUGCACCAACUGACCUGGGCAGAGAGAGCCAGAUCUUCAUUUCUCGCACCUACGACGCAACCACCCACUUUGAGACGACGUGUGAUGACAUCAAAGACAUUUACAAGAGGAUGAUGGGAUCAGAGUUUGACUUCGAAGAGAUGAAGCGGAAGAAGAACGAUAUCUACGGAGAGGAGGACCAGCAGUAACGGUGCUUUUUUAAGUCUUAACUUACGAGAUCUAAAAAUUGGCUGGUGUUGGGGUGUGUGUUAUGUAUACACAGAGGGACUUAAGUGAGCACCGUACGAAGUUCAAUAUUGUAAAAGCCUGCUUUUUGUAAUCAUAUCUCCUGAGAUUGAAAAA